GUGGGCGAAAUGAACAGGGGAGAGCUUGUCGAAGGAAAGAUGGCGCGAUGACCGUACGCGUAUUGAUGCGCGCGCGCAGCUCUUUGCGACCCGCGGGCAGACACUGCCGACAUCCGUCGAAUGCAAGACGCGCAACGCGGAACACCCUAACGGCGAUAAUCUUUCAAAAAGAUUGAAAAAUCUGUUUAGUUUUUGUGCUAUUUCGUGAAAACAGCGGAUGUUCAGUAAAUUCACUUUACAACCGGUGGUGUUUGAAACUAAUAAUGUGAUUGGUGAAAGUGGCUUCCUAAUAAAUGCCUUCAUUGAGAUGUGGCCCCUAAGAAAUUCUCAGCAGCAUACAUGAUUUUAAGUAUAAAGGUAAUGCGAGGAGAUAAACCAAAGUUGUGUUUGCUGGUCGCGACACUAGCACUCGGGUAUGCGUGGGCGGGGAGCCCCUGCGAGCGCAGAGUGACUUGGUGGGACCGGGAGCGGAGUGCGUGUCAGCCCUGCAGCCGCUGCGACCCGCACCAUCACCUCAUAGUGCUCCUCCCCUGCGAACUCCACAGGGACACAGUCUGCCAAUCACUCCGGCAAAUCAACCUCUGGCCCUUUCUUGCGCCACACCGCAAUGCCUCCACCACGGACUCCAGUGAACCCAGUGACUAUGAAUACGACUAUACGGACAGCAAUAGUGAAGUGAAAGAUGUGGAAGAACAGUGGGACUUACAGACCCUUAGUGUGGUGUUAGCGGCUAGUGGAUGUGCGAUUUUCUUUUUAGUGGUACUGUUUGUGUCGUUGUCGCACGCGAAGCAGUGGAAAAUCAUCAAGCAAACACUACAGUCAGACAUGAAAGAUCUGACGGCAAAAAUGAAGUUAAUGGAAGCCGGUGGAGAGUCCCCCUCGGAACCCCCGUCGCCUACAGAUCACAUUUAUUGCAACAUUCAUGGCGGUAAAGAUGCACUGCUCGGUAGGUCAAGCUUCGAAUAAAAAAGGACUGGGUAACGUGUACACACAAGAGAAGCAUCCCUCAUAAUGACCGACGAUAACAAAACGUCCGAGAGAGUACAGUACAAAUUAUAUAAAUAAAGCCACCUCGCAUUUGUGCAGACAAAAGAAAUCAUAUUUUCGAGAUGAAUAAAGAUUCUAUAAACAAUA